UGUGAGUGCAAGUCGUGGCCGCCAUCGCGACAUUAACGUUAACCCUGGCACGUGGACUUGCGGGAAUUAUACUCAAUAGAACUUUGCAAGUUUCCCCGACAUUUAUCCUGUCGUUAACGUGGCAAGCGACGACGACAACGAACUCGAAGACGUUCUUCUAGACGUUCGUCGUUGGACCAACGUUGCAUGCGCACACUCAUUAAUAUUCGUAGCAGUCAUUCACACCACGAACUUCUCCUUCCCCCGUCGACGUGAAUGUCUAGUCUGGCACCUGAGGAAUUGAAUAGUAUCAGUGACAUGCGUUUCUACGUGCUCGGACUCGGGCCCAUUGGGUGCCUCCUCGCACAUAACUUACGAUCAGUUCUUCCACGCACACACCCAGUCACUCUCAUCCAAAAGACUGCCAAGCAGGCGUGGACGCCACAGAAUGCAGCUGCGAAAAUAACAGUUGAAAAUCAAGGAGUCCGACAAUCCACAGACGGUUUCGAUAUCGAGGUGUUCGACAAGCAUAGCGGAUCAGGUGGUGGGGUGCGCUUCAACCCCAAGCUUUCAAGGGAGGAGAGUGCCGGAUUCACCCCCAGUGAUGGAGAUUUACGGACAGAACCUAUUGAAGCACUAUUCAUAACGACCAAAGCGCACAGCACAGCGCCUGCACUGUCACAUCUAGCUCCACGCCUCACCAGUCGUAGCACCGUCGUGCUCUUGCAAAAUGGCAUGGGAUUAUAUGAAGAUCUCGUCCAGCGAAUAUUCCGCAACCCGGAAAGCAGACCGCACUUUAUCUUGGCAUCAAAUACCCACGGGGCAUGGCUCAAGUCAGCCUUCCAUGUAGUUCACGCGGGAAUUGGAGACAUCACAUUUGGAAUUGUCCCAGAUAGUCGCAAGCGCGAUUUCGAAACAUCCAUGGCGGAUGAAAGCAAGCCGCUGUACGAGAGAUCGCUUGUUUUAGACGACAUCACACGUCCAGAUGACCCUUCAUUCGACCAGUACCGCAGCCUACGACAUACAGUAGCCGUGUUACAAUCUCUCGAUGCUCUUGGAUGCAAGUGGAGUCCUGUUGCAGACGUCCAGCUUGCGAUGCGCAAGAAACUCGUAGUGAACGCCAUCGUGAAUCCGCUUACCGCCCUUCUAGGCUGCCGGAAUGGCGGUCUAUUCAAGGACGAGUCGUCACAGAAUAUGAUGCGCAGUAUCGAAGCGGACACGCAAUUAUGGCUCGAUUCUCUAGCUCCUGGCGUGGAUAAGAGCCAGAUGUCGGUGGGGCGUGUUCCAAAAGAACUGGGAGCAGAUGCUCUUGAACGCGAAGUCCUGCGCGUAACACACGUAACACGAGGCAACAUGUCAUCUAUGCUCUCCGACGUAAGGAAGAACAAUCCAACGGAAAUCGACUUCCUAAACGGCUACUUGGUCAGGCUAGGGGAACAAUAUAAUAUUCCUAUGCCAGUCAAUAGGGCCCUUAUUCAAUUAGUCAAGAUGCGGUGCUCCAUACCCAUCGAUCAGACGUUUUAGACUCUUGAGUGUGUCUUACUGUCUCCUUGUCCACCUAUUUGCUUAUUUCCGCACGAAUAGGUUGAGUCAUCUGUGUAUAUACUCUGUCGGCGGCCUGACUGGACGAGGGUCCUUGAUAAGCUAUCAAGUGGGUACAAGAGGUUAGGUACACUGCAUCGUCAGGCAGUUUAACGACAAAAAGUUCCAACCUGCCGUGGUAUCCGAGGAUAGAAGUCUCUACAUUUAAGAUAUUCUCAUUGACUAAGGU